AGGAGCCCAAACUUUCCAGUAGCACCACAGACGGCUGCUGCACAAAGACAGACAGAAAGAGGGGCUGUUAGAUGAAUAAAAAUUAAAAGAAAUAUUGUUUGAGCUCUCUUUAAAUAUUUACAGUUUAGAUAACUUAGUUUGUUUUUUUUCCCCCUUUUUAAGUUUCAUAUUUAUAUUUUUUUUAUUGAAGAGGUCAUUUUGUGAAAAAAGAGAAAAUGAUGAGUCUGCUGUGCAUCACAAUUAUCUCCCUGACCCUGGCUGGCAGUGCAUACAGUGGGGUGAUGACCCCUCCUCCCUUCCAAAUAUCAGCUAAGGUUUUUGCUGAUCUGGGCGCCAACGUCACCCUGCCCUGCACGCUUCUGUCCAAAAACAGCAUGUCCUUUGGUCACAUUGGCAUUCGAGUCAAAUGGACCAAGGUGGCAGAUGAUGAAGCACUGAAUGAGGAUGUGCUGAUGUCAAUGGGAUUCCACAAGAAGACCUAUGGAAGCUUCGAGAACCGUGUCUUUUUGCAGGAGAGUGAUGAUGAAGAUGCCUCCUUAGUAAUGACUGAUGUCUCCAUGGAAGACACAGGAAAAUACCACUGUGAGAUCAUCAACGGGAUGGAAGACACAGUGCAAGAAAUCUUCUUGGAGGUGCAAGGUGGUCUCACUGAUGGUGUUGUGUUCCCAUACUUCCCUGCUUCGGGCCGCUACAACAUGAACUUUGAAACUGCCAUGCAGACCUGUGUGAGCCUUGAUGCCGUGGUUGCCUCUUACGAUCAGCUGUACGAGGCCUGGAAGGACGGCCUGGACUGGUGCAACGCUGGCUGGCUGAGUGAUGGCACUGUGCAGUAUCCAAUCACCAAACCUAGAGAGCCUUGUGGUGGCUCCAACAACGGGCCUGGGCUCAGAAACUAUGGCCCUCGUGACAAAGACACGGCCCUCUACGAUGUGUUCUGCUACACUUCUGCCCUCAAGGGGCAUUUCUAUUGGCUGGUCCAGCCUGAAAGGCUGACCUUUGACGAGGCUGUGCAGGCGUGCUUAGAUGAUGACGCAGAGAUUGCCAAGGUGGGCCACAUGUAUUCCGCCUGGAAGCUUGAGGGCUACGAUCGCUGUGAUGCCGGCUGGUUGGCUGACGGGAGUGUCCGCUACCCCAUCUCCAGGCCCCGCAAGAACUGCAGCCCCACAGAAGCUGCAGUGCGGUUGGUUGGGUUCCCAGACAAGAGCCAAAAGUCUUAUGGCGUUUACUGCUACAAGACCCAGCAGUGAGAGGGUAGAUAGGAGUAGGGAAAGCCAUAACCAAAGAGCAGCAACAACCACAACAAAUAAAAUCAACAAUAAAGCAGAUAAGCUUUGGAUUUUAACUAGCAUGAACUCAAUACUUUCCUGAAGCUGUGAUAACCCUUUUUUAACUCCUAAAAAAUCAAUACUGUACAUCUUACAUACAUAUGCAACAAAUGACAAAAUAUUGUGUAGCCAUUAAGUUUCGUUUUACUCUAACUGUGGAUUCAUUAAUUUUACACAGACUGUUGGGUAAAGGGCAACAGUGUUAAUGUAUGAGUGAUGUGACAGAGACAAGAACUUAAUGGACGUGAAACAUCAUCUAAGUUUGGUUUGUCCUCCACAGAAUAAUUAGAUGUGUGAAGUUCAAGAUUUAGAGCAUUGAUGCUUGUGUGCAGAUGAUAUUUGCUGCUUUAAAAAUGUUUCUAAAGAACAAAACCAGUUAGUAUUUUAUUUAGUCAAGUAUCACAUUAGUGAAUGACCUUAAAUUCAUUACAGUCACAAAUAUAACUUGGCUACCACUGUUGAGCUACGGAUAUCAACAUGUUAUAUUGCAGUAAGUAAUCAAAUGGAUCCUUCUCUCAUCAGAGUUGAAGCUCUUUUAUUUUUCUUUUCUUAAAUUGCAGAGAGGUUUUUCUUACCGAGGAGCUGUGAUCAAAUUUACUGUUAAACAAGAAAAUGAAUGUAAAUGUCUCAGACUGUGAUCUUGCAUUGACUGAUAGCUCCCAUUAGAUCAAAUCCCAAUUACAAUUUGAAAUGAUUUUUUUACUCUUGUAACCAUAUACAGUAUGUUUAUUUUAACAUAAUUUUUUACUUUUCAAAUGUUUGUCACCAUAAUUUUUUAUGUUUAUAAUGUUCUUUUUAAAGAAAAAUACAGAUUCUGUCUCAUACUUGCAGAUUUUUUUUGUUGUUGAGGUAAAUCCCUAAGAUAGACAAGAGAUCUAAUAUAACAGUAAGUGCAAGUACAACUAAUCUAAUGAGCUGAAAUCCUUUCUGACUGCUGAGACUGUUUCAUGUUUCCCCUGAUUAUCAUUUACACUCCUGAAUAAGGAUUCAUUGAUAGUCAUAGAUAUGCUGUAGUGACUGGAUCUGAAUAUGUGUUUGGGAAUUUGGGAAGUUCAAACAAAACCAGCAAAAAAUCACGUUGUCUCUAAUAAUUCUCUCUGGACCACAGUGCCCAUGCUUUUGACACACUGAGCUGGGUAGCAGUGGACAGCACAUUUUUUAGGUAUCAGUCAUAAAAAUAACUUGGUAUUUUGUGUUUUGCUUUUUGUUACAUUAUCUCUUUUUACUUUUUCUAACCACAGGCAUUGACAUAUGGUACUUACUGCAGGUUACAUGUGGUAUUAUGGUGAUUGUUUGUAAAAGCUAAACUUAAAAAAUGUCUGUCACACUUGUGCAUCUGUACACACUUGCGCAUGAAAAAAAGGUGAAGGUAUUUUUGUAUCUCAUCGCCAUAUACCUUUUUCAACAAAAGCUGUUUGAAAUAAAGAGUAUAACUUUUAAAAUCAA